CUUGGAAUUCAAACCCCCAAGAUUUUAUGGAGAGCCAUUAAAUUGCCUCAAGUUAUGGAGAGCAGUCAUCAGACUUGGUGGCCUGGUCCGGAUUCCAUUGGAAUCGUUGCUAUUUCUCAUGGUUGCACUGGUGUGGCAACGCGUGCUUGCGGCCUGGUGGGUUUAGAGCCUACAAGGGUUGCAGAAAUCCUUAAGGAUCGGCCUUCGUGGUAUCGCGAUUGCCGAGCUGUGGAUGUUCUAAAUGUGCUGCCUACCGCUAAUGGUGGAACCAUUGAGCUGCUUUACAUGCAGCUCUACGCACCAACAACUUUGGCAGCUGCUCGUGAUUUCUGCUUGUUACGCUAUACUUCUGUUAUGGAGGAUGGCAGUCUCGUGGUAAGUGGUUCUUCAAGUUUAUUAAUUCAAUGUUUAUUCAAUUGUAGUCCAUCUAGCUAUUGUUCCUAGUCUGCUGCUUGGGUCUCCAACCAAUCACCUUUUUGUUGUUGAAUGGCCCUAAUGAAAUACUCAGGUGUGUGAAAGAUCACUUAAUAUGGUCUGGUCUAUCCCUUGUAGUUUGACGAAACAGGUUUCCCAGAAAUUUUAGUUUGACGAACUUAUUUCCAUUUUAUCAUGUGCAUUAUCUUUUACUAUGGUCUGGUCUAUCCCUUGUAGUUUAUCUACUAGUUACAUACAUUAACCCUAAUGCUGAAUGGAAUCUUAGAAUAUUAUAACUACUGGCUCCAUUUCAUAAAUUUAUUGGGAAAAAUUCCAAGUACUUGGAUUUGUGCACUUAUUUUUGAUGGGGGGAAUAAACUAUUAUUUUAUUGACACAUUUUGCCUAUAGUAUCAAGUUUGAUGAAGUCAAUAAUAUUAACAACUUUCAUUUUAUCAUUUUCAUUAUCUUUUACCAUGGUGUGGAAUGAGAGUAGUUUUUGUUUUAUUACAUCAAUUGAUUGGUCCAUGGACAUGAGCAGUAUAAUUUUGUCAUCUAAGCUUCUCCACUAUCAAAAAUUUAUUUGUAAAUGAUAUGGAGCAUGAUUUGUUGUCAUCUGGCCUGCUUUGGUAUUGCACACUUGUUGAGAUAUUUCUCUCAAUAUCAAAUCUGUGACAAUCUAAAUUGAACUGAUGGUAAAAACAAUAGUAACCAAUGUUUUAUUGGUCAAUACUUCAAGUAAGGAUAUUGUGGUGCAUGGUAAACUAGGAAAUCUGCUAAUAUGCAGUAGC